AUGAGUAUAACUAGGGAGAUAGUUGAACAAUGGACUGAUAAAGCUCAAUUUACUUUGCGACAGGCUCAGGAGUUGUGUUCUAGUACGGAAAAACUGUUGGCUGCCGUGAAUCGUCAAUUAUCGGAAAAUCUACCGAAAAAAUUGACAGAAAAUGAUAAUAAAUUACACGAUUUAAGGAAUUUACAAGAUUUGAUAACUAACUACAUAAAUUUUAUAAGAGUCAAGAUAUCUGAAGAUACUAUUAAAGUUUAUGACCACAAAUAUCAGAGGCUACAACCAUGUUUGGCAGAAUUGAACGAUGUGAUGGACCAAUUGGCUGGUACCAAAGUUCCAUCAAUAUUGAUUGAUAGUAAUUAUAAUAUCAAAGAAGAGGCGUCUUUGAAAGACUUGACAUCCACCGAUGAAAUUGACGUUUUAUUGGCAAACAUUGACAUUUACCAUUCGAACAUGUUGAAAAUGCAUAAAUUUAUGAAUGAUUCCUUUACUGAGACAAUUGUCAUACCUUUUAACAACGUCAUUACAAAAAAGUUCAAUAGAAUUACCAAAUUGCAUAAUGAAUUGAUCAUAGAGAAUAGUCAGAAUAGCGGCCUCCUCUCCCAAGUUCUCAAAGAAAACAAUUCUUUAGAGGGUGAAUUGGUAUCAAUAUUAGAGAUGUUAACGAAUCAUUAUGAUCAAUGUGUAUUGGGAUUGAAUUCUUUUAAUAAUUCAACUUCAGUUGAUUUGGAAGUUCUACAGAAUGAUAGUCUCGAAGUUCCUGAGGUACUAAAGGAUUUGAAAAGUGUUUGCGACGUAAUAGUUAAUAAUGAAAUAAGGAGUAAAAGAAUCAUAUCUUCCAUAUUUAACAAAUCUGACGAAUUGGGAGAAUAUAUCGACGAUUUGAAUAAAGUUCACGGCAAAUUCAAGUCAACCAAUUUAUUCCAAUUGAUUGUUUUCCUCUCCAAAUAUGAUGAUUUUGUUAAAUCUUCUCCCAUAGAAUCAACUGAACAUCCAUUGGAUAAUUAUUUCCAUGUAAUCACUCAACUAACUUACCACUAUAGACAAUUCCUUUCAAUAUUCAAAACCAAAUAUUUAGUGGAACUCCAUCAUCAGCAAUUUACGUUUCCUAGGAAGUUCAUGGCCAAAUUAAAUAAAUUCUUGAACGAAGAAUUAUAUGAGUUUCAACAAGAAGAAAAGGAAAGACGGGAUCAUUGGUUAAAGAAAUAUGGUGACUUCAUCCCAAAGCAAUUUAUUUUACCUGGGGACAAUCAACCAUCGGUGGUGCAAGUUAUAACUGAGGGUGUUGAUGAUAACGUUCAGCAAGAAAAGCAAUUAUUGGAUGUCAUAAGGAACUUUAUGGAUAAACCAAACUGA